CUCCCCCUGCGUCGGGUGUAGGAAGGUUUUGUGCAGGGAGUUUGAGAGGCCAUGUUGAUGAUUUGUAUGGGGCCGUGGGGAUUACCCUAGCGGGGAAAGAAGCAGCCCUUUCCCGGGGAUUUAAAAAAAAAAUUAAAAUUAAAAAAAACCUCAGGUUAAGCUGGCCUGGGGCGCCACAACCCUUCGACCGAACUCGCAAUGAGAAAGGGAGAGCGGUGUCGGAGUGGAGACGGAGCAAGGAGCACCUAGCGAAAGAUACUGCCAGGGAUUCAGUGCCCCUCCCGCAAACUAAAACUAGAGCUAGAGAGAGACCAGUUUAACUUCGGUCGCCAAAUUGAAAACAUGGCUUGGGUGCUGAAGAUGGAUGAUGCAGCUAUCGAGUCGGGGCUGGUGCACGACUUCGAUGCCAGUCUCUCUGGAAUCGGGCAAGAACUCGGCGCCGGCGCCUACAGUAUGAGUGAUGUCUUGGCACUGCCUAUUUUCAAGCAGGAAGAUUCAAGCCUCCCCCAAGACAGCGAGACCAAAAACCCUCCAUUCCAGUAUGUUCUGUGUGCUGCCACCUCGCCGGCAAUCAAACUGCAUGAUGAGACCCUCACCUACCUGAACCAAGGUCAGUCCUACGAAAUCCGAAUGUUGGAUAACAGAAAGAUCGGAGAACUGCCAGAAUUGAACAGUAAAACCGUGAAGAGCAUAGUUAGAGUGGUGUUCCAUGACCGGAGGCUUCAGUAUAUGGAGCAUCAACAGCUGGAGGACUGGAGGUGGAAUCGCCCUGGAGACAGGCUGCUGGAUGUUGAUAUCCCAAUGUCUGUUGGAAUUAUUGACCCAAGGACAAACCCAAACCAGCUCAAUGCAGCUGAAUUUCUGUGGGACAUUACAAAGCGCACUUCAGUUUUUGUCCAGGUACAUUGCAUCAGCACAGAAUUUACUCCUAGGAAACACGGUGGUGAGAAGGGUGUACCAUUCAGAAUUCAGAUCGACACUUUCAAUCAGAAUGAGAAUGGAGAAUACACUGAUCACCUCCAUUCAGCCAGCUGCCAAAUCAAGGUCUUCAAGCCAAAGGGAGCGGACAGAAAGCAGAAGACUGACCGAGAGAAGAUGGAGAAAAGGACCCCGCAGGAGAAAGAAAAGUACCAGCCUUCAUAUGACACCACCAUCCUGGCAGAGAUGAGGCUUGAGCCUAUAAUAGAAGAUGCAGUUGAACAUGAGCAGAAAAAGUCCAGCAAGCGGACUUUGCCAGCAGACUGCGGUGAUUCUCUGGCAAAGCGAGGCAGUUGUUCUCCUUGGCCAGACAACGCCUAUGUGACUACUACCCCAACAUCUGCUCCUACAUUUACCUCUGCAGCACACAGCACUAGCAGUGUUCCAGACAGGAGACGACAUUCAAGUUUGGAACUGAGCAGCACAAGCAAUUCCUCUUCACCGAAUAAUCAGGGAGAUUUGAUAGUCAACGUGGCUAUGGAACAACUCAGCCCCACUGCUUCUAUACAGGAGUCGCAGCAGUGGCUUCACAAGAAUAGAUUUUCUACAUACGCACGGAUAUUAUCAAACUUCUCAGGUUCUGAUUUACUUAAGCUGACGCGAGAGGAUCUGGUUCAAAUUUGUGGCCCAGCUGAUGGAAUUCGGCUGUUUAAUGGACUUAAAUCAAGGUCUGUUAGGCCACGCUUGACUAUCUAUGUCCGUCAGGAAACAACGCAACCAGAAACUCUUUCACAGCUGGAAAACCAGCAAGAGACUGAGAAUGGAGAACACAGCAAUAGUGCAAUAUAUGUGUAUCAUGCUCUCUACUUGGAGGAGAUGACUGCAGCAGAGCUUACCAGGAAGAUUGCCUCCGUUUUUAAUAUCUCCUUGAAUCAGAUUAUCCAGGUUUAUAGACAGGGUCCAACGGGCAUACAUAUACUCGUCAGUGAUCAGAUGGUGUGCAACUUUCAAGAUGAAAGCUGUUUUUUAAUCAGCACAGUGAAAGCAGAAAACAGUGAAGGUUAUCACGUGAUAUUGAAGUGAAGCAUGCCGGGUAACAAUGGACUGAGAUUUCAACAGUCAGAGGAAGAAAUAAUUUAAAAGAAAAUCUGCGUAACAACCUUUUAAAAGAAGCAUUGAGCAAAUCCAAGUACAUGUUAGAAUCUGAUUUAUAGUGUAUAAAAAUGUUUCAUAUUGAAAACAGAAAGAUAUUAAAGAAAGACGUCAAUGGAUAAGCCACUGUCUCGAGUCCUGCAGCAUUGUCCUUGACACUCGCCAUGAAGAAAAUGACAAUGCUCAGCCUUUCUAUUUUUAAAAAGCAAAUAAAGGCCAGUAUAUAUUACAGUUUGCACGGGUUGCUGGUUCAAUAUCUAGCUUGAAAUAUGGAGUGAAAUGUUUCACUUGCAGGUAUUGUGUUUUGACUUCUAUUGUGAAAGAUGUGGAGUACUUGACUGAAGAAGCCUCAAGUUGGUCCCAAUAUGUAAAAGAAUACUGUAAGACAGGAAAUAUCUGCAGCAGCUUUAUUUUACAGAUGUCUCACUGUGGACAUAUUUACAGCAACAAAUGUUUAUGCGAGUAAACAUACUGUAUAUAAACUGAAUUGAGUAAUUAUGAACAUGUUGCGGCACGUAUAUUUUGCUUAUUUUUAAUAAAUGCUAAAUUAGUAUAUAUUUCUUGCCAGCAAACAUUUAAUGUCUUACAGUAUUCUUUCUCUCUCUCUCUCUCUCCAAAAUGCUGCCCUCCCCUCCCUGUUAACACAGUUGUUCAAAUUAAAUUUAAAUGACUGUCAAACUUGCUGUUUUUUUCAUUUGAAGCAUGUUAUCUGACAAUACGUUUUCGCUAGUCACAGAGACAGAAUCUUUUAGUUUUAAUAUUGAAAUGUUCCAUAUCUUGAACUGCCUUAUGUGUGUUUCGGAACAGGAGUCAAAAGCAAAUGAAAGAAUGAGGAAACAUGACCAAAUAACCAAAUAUUUCUGCAGUUACGGCAAAGACACAAAUGAUACCGGGUUGGAAAAUCUGUUGUACAUUUGAAGUUGCAUACAUUAAAAAAAAAAAAAAAAAAAAGAGAA